AUUUUACAAAUUCCCAUAUGACUUCUCCUCUCUUUCCCUCCCUUUUCCUCCAUUUCCCCUCCUAUUCGGUGCGAGACCAAAAUUUAAAGUCCGCCAAUCGGUGCUAUUAUAAGUCACUCGUGAAUUGUCCCUCGAAAGAGACCAAAGAACUUCCCGAUUAGACCAUUCCAAAAAUAUAUAACGAAACAAAAAACGAGCUCACGUCCUCGGCAGACAGAAGGUUGUGAUUGGUGGUGUCCACCGUUGUCUUGAUGUCGCUUACUAAAGUGUAGAACUAGAAGCGAUUAUACAGAGAAUUAGGGCACUACCAUGUUGUCCAGAAAGGCACACAUAGAGAGAGAGAGAGAGAGAGAGAGAGAGAGGACGGUGUCAGAGGGAGUUGACCAUGGUCCCUCCAGCUGAAGCCAUUGCUACCGGGUGUGGGGUCCACUGGGGCGGAGAUGAUGCGAGACUGGCGGUGGCUCACCAACGGACGGUGGUGCUACUUGCCACCUCUCACGGCGGAGGCGCCCGGCGGUUGUCUGAUUGGCUUCGGCCGGACAGAUAGAUUGGCGGAGUGAAUUUUUGAUGUUUGCAGGUAGCCGUUCCACCAGGUGCGAAGGCUUUGAAUUGGUUCUGCUGCCAGCCUGAGGCUUCUCAAGUGUUUCCUCUGUUCUUCAUUUCAAAGGACGAAGACCAAUCAUAUAAGUCGUUACUCCUGAAUGAAACCCGAGGAGUUUUCGGAUGUGGGGCCGCUGCUUACUUCACAGACUCUUCUUCUCGUAACCUGAAUGGGCAGAGCUCCAUCAAAAGAUACCUCACGAAUGAUUCGUCCAUGAUAACGACUUAUGGGUUCCUGGAUGUCGAAUUGGAUGUUGAGUUGUGUUCCAUGAAGCCCAAGGCAGGCUCAUAUUAUUUCUUCGUUCCCCAGAUUGAAUUGGAUGAGAGCGAGGAAAUUUCUGUUUUAGCAGCAACACUCAUGUGGAGUGAGGCUUGCUUCUGCACAUUUCAUGAUGCAGUUGCAGCUCUCGAGUCAUCCCUGCACCAGGCAAGUUCUCAUUUUCCACACACUUUGGAGAGAUUCGGGACCAGUUACCUAGGAUCUGCUCUCACAAAGCUUGAUAUGGUUGAAAGUAACUUGGUCUCCAAGGUUUAUAGCUAUGCCACUUCAUUUCUUGCUACCAGUUUCGCCCCCAACACCAUGGAACUGAAAGAAGCUACAUCUUCCCGUCAGUUCUGUGUCAGGCUUUCUGCAGUGACUGCUGUUUCCAGCAACGUGUUGGACCACACUACUCCAAGCAUACAGUGGAGCAAUCUUCUUAACCUCAAUUCCCUUUGGGCAUCAUUUAUCGUUGAAGAAUGUGUUCGACUGGGUUUGACAUAUUUUUGCCUUGGUCCAGGAUCGAGAUCAUCUCCUCUCGCUCUUGCAGCAGCAAGGCAUCCACUUGUCACAUGUAUAACUUGCUUUGACGAGCGCUCGGUCGCGUUUCAUGCUCUAGGUUAUGCAAGAGGGUCCUACAAGCCUGCCGUCGUGGUGACCACAUCAGGCACUGCUGUGUCGAAUCUUUUCCCUGCUGUCGUGGAGGCAAGUCAAGAUUUUGUUCCGCUUCUGCUACUGACUGCUGAUCGUCCCUCAGAGCUGCUCGACUGCGGAGCUAACCAAGCCAUUAGUCAGGUGAACCACUUUGGUCACUUCCCGAGGCACUUCUACUACCUUCCCGAACCAAGUGAUGAGGUCCCUGUGCGGGUUGCACUCACUGCCCUGGACUCUGCUUUGCACUAUGCUACCACUGUACCCUAUGGGCCUGUCCAUGUGAACUGCCCCUUCCGGGAGCCGCUUGACAACACCCCUAAAAAAUGGGCGUCAAGCUGCCUGGAGGGGCUCGAUACAUGGAUCUCUAAUGGCCAACCCUUUACAAAGUACAUCAAGGUUGAGAAUUCCCAACCUUGCAGUGCUUCACAAGCUCAAAUGGAGGAAGUUCUGGAUCUUGUUCGAGGACUUGAAAAGGGGCUUCUAGUGCUCGGUGAGAUGCACUUGGAGGAUGAGAUCUGGGCAUGUCUUCUGUUGGCAAAGCAUCUUAAGUGGCCCGUCAUGGCAGAUGUAUUAUCCGGUCUACGACUGAGGAGAAUCUUAGGUUCUUUUCCUAAAGUUGAGGACAAUGUUUUGUUUGUUGAUCAUAUCGAUCACAUCCUGCUGUCUGGUUCCUUCAGGAAUUGGAUCAGGGUUGAUGGGAUUAUUCAGGUUGGGAGUAGAAUAACGGGCAAGCGUGCCUCUCAAAUGCUAGAACGAUGCUUCCCGUGCCACUAUAUCAUGGUGGAUAAGCACCCGUUCCGACAUGAUCCUUCACAUAUGAUAACCCACAGGAUCCAGAGCUCAAUUGUCGGAUUUGUUGACAUCGUGCUGCAAGCUCAGAUUCCGAGCAAAAGCAGUCAGAGGAAUGAUUUUCUACAAGCCUUGAACGAUACGGUUGCGAUGGAAUUAUCCUUCCAAAUUCUUGUGGAGCCCGUGCUUACAGAGCCCCAAGUGGCUCACUUGGUCUCAGAGGCACUUACAGAUGACCAUGCUUUGUUUAUUGGGAACAGCAUGGUUAUACGGGAUCUAGACAUGUUCGGAUGUAGUUGGUCAAAAUUCACUGAUAAAGUUGGGUCUGUGAUGUUCCACUCAAAGCUAAUGAGCCAUCUGGUACGUGUGGGUGCGAAUAGAGGAGCUAGUGGCAUCGAUGGCCUUGUUAGCACUGCCGUUGGCUUCGCUGUUGGGUCCAACAAACGAGUACUUUGUCUGCUCGGAGAUCUUUCUUUCAUGUACGAUACCAAUGGCUUGUCUCUCCUGAGCCAAAGGAUUGCGAGGAAACCUAUGACUAUAAUUGUCGUAAACAACAAGGGAGGUGCGAUCUUCAGUCUCCUUCCGAUCGCAGGGAACACGGAAGAGAACGUGCUGAAUAAGUACUUCUACACGAACCAUAACAUCUCACUUGACCACCUGUCUGCUGCUCAUGGCAUAAAGCAUGUGAAAGUGCAGACACAGAAAGAACUUCGAGAUGCCUUGGACAAAUCUCAGAAAGUACAGAUUGACUGCAUUAUUGAAGUGGAGAGCAACAUUCCCUUGAAUUCCAUCAUCCACAGUAAUUUGAGAAACUUCGCCACCGGAGCUAUAGAUGAUGCUUUGAGAACUCUUGAAAGUUCUCUGGUGCCUGAUACAAUGUACCCUCAUUUGUCCCUAUGCAAGAUUCGGAGUUUGGACUACUCGUUGUACAACAUUCCUCUAAGGGCUCCCCCCACUUCAACUGCCAAUGCCCAUGAAAGUGCAAUGAUCCGAGAAGGCUUUGUAUUGUUUUUGCACCUUGACGAUGGAGCAGUGGGCCUUGGCGAGGUCGCGCCUUUGGAAAUCCAUGAAGAGAAUCUAGUAGAUGUGGAAGAGCAACUUCGGUUUCUUGUCCACAAGAUGGAAGGAGCCAACAUAAGCCGUUUGCUUCCUCUGCUCAAGGAUUCGUUUUCUUCCUGGAUAUGGGAGGAACUGGGGAUCCCGCCAAGUUCAAUCUUCCCAAGUGUUCGAUGUGGUCUUGAAAUGGCUAUGCUUAACGCAUUAGCUGGACGACAGAGAUCAAGUUUGUUAAGCAUACUUCUUUCCCGGAAAGAUGAGAAAGAGAUAUUGGAGAAUCCAGACGGAGUUCAGAUCUGUGCCCUUCUUGAUCCUCAUGGGACUCCAGAAGAAGUUGCUCGUGCCGCCUCUGCACUCAUUGAAGAGGGAUACACUGCAAUAAAGAUAAAAGUAGCGCGCAAAUCUGAUCCUUUGCAAGAUGCUUCCAUAGUAAAGGAAGUGAGAAAGAGAGUCGGUGACAAGAUUGAACUCCGAGCAGAUGCCAAUCGAAAAUGGACUUAUGAAAAAGCUCUCCAAUUUGCCUCUUCCGUUAAAGACUGUAACCUGCAGUAUAUCGAGGAGCCCCUUCAGGAUGAGAAUGAUAUCAUAAGGUUCUGUGAAGAGAGUGGCUUACCUGUUGCAUUAGAUGAAACAAUCGAUAGUGGUCCCGAAGAUCCACUGGAAAAGCUUGCUAGUUAUACUCACCCCGGUAUAGUUGCUGUCGUUCUGAAACCAAGCAUGCUUGGUGGAUUUGAAAAGUCAGCUUUGAUUGCUCGGUGGGCCCAGUCUCAGGGGAAAAUGGCUGUCGUGAGCUCCGGAUUUGAGAGUGGCAUAAGCUUGUCAGCAUACAUUAUGUUCUCCUGCUACCUCGAUCUGCAAAAUUCCAAUAUACGCAAGGCAAAGAAUCAAGAUUUAGCUCCGCCUGUCGCACAUGGUCUUGGAACUUUCAGGUGGCUUCAAGAGGAUGUGGCCACUUAUCCUCUGAGGAUCGGUCGGGGACCCAGCAGUGGCUUCCUAGAAGCAUCUGCUACUGAUGCUAAUGAGUAUCUGCAAAAGUUCCAUAUCAAUAACAAAAUUAUCGAUCGGGAAUUCUCAGAGGAGGAACUCCGUAAAUACCACCUGACAUUGGACUUAGAGGGGUCUUCUCAUUCUGUCAAAGUCAUAGAUAUUGGACAACGAAAUGAUAAUGUAGUAGUGUUCCUCCACGGUUUUCUCGGAAGGAGUGAGGAUUGGAUUCCGAUAAUGAAGGGAGUUUCGGGAUCAGCAAGGUGCAUUUCCAUUGACCUUCCAGGACAUGGGGAAUCGAGGGUUAAAAGCAGCAACGGAGAAGCUCGGGACCUACAGCUAUCCAUUGAGGUUGUUGCAAAUAUUUUGUCAAAGACCCUGGAGCAAGUUUCACAGGAGAAGGUCACAAUCGUGGGGUAUUCAAUGGGAGCGAGGAUCGCACUCUACAUGGCCCUAAAAUUUUCUGACAAGGUCAAAGGAGCUGCAAUAAUAUCAGGAAGCCCCGGGCUGAAAAGCCCUGCUGCAAGAAAAAUUCGCAGAGCUCAAGAUGAUUCAAAAGCCCAGAUUCUAGCUUCUUAUGGCUUAAAGUUCUUCCUCGAGUCCUGGUAUGCAGGACGAUUGUGGAAGAGCUUGAGAAGCCAUCCACAUUUCCAACAGAUAGUGUCUAGCCGGUUGCAGCACGGUGACGCCCACAGCCUCUCAAAGGUUCUGUCCGAUUUGAGCACCGGGAGACAACCGUCAUUGUGGGAGGACUUGAGACACUGCAAAGUGCCAGUUUCUCUCGUCGUUGGGGGAAGCGAUGUGAAGUUCAAGGCAAUCGCUCGACAGAUGAGCUAUGAAUUUGGAAAGGGAAGUUGCGAGAUAGUUGAGGUUCCUGGAAGUGGACACGCUGUUCAUUUGGAGAAUCCUCUAGCCAUAGCCAGGGCGCUAAGGAAAUUCUUCAAAAGCAUGAAGGAGGAGGUUCCGAACAAGGUGAAAUCCACCAUGCAGGUAGCUUGAUCUAGUUCUCAAGGGCGGUUGAUGUUACAGGUAGAGAAUUUUCGAGAUUUCAUCAUUGUAUUCUCGGUUUACAAUAAAUUUGGUGGAUUCAUGUUAGGGUAUUGGAUCAUUUCAGGUUGGUGCUGAUAUAUUGUGUUGAUCCAGAAUAAGAAUCAUGUCACAUCUUUUGGGUUUUUUCUUGGGUGAGAUUAGGCACUUCAUUAAUAGAAAAUAAAAAAUGAUUACAAUAACAUCAGCCUAGGUUUGCCCAUGGACUGGCGCUCUUCUUAGCGAGACCGUCCACUCAAAAAUUAGCUUCGUGAUAGAUAUGCCAAGCUUGGAGAUCUCAGAUCAGGGACUCUACUGCCCAGGAGCCUGCAGUCAAUCACAAGAGAUAUCAGGAAAACAAUAUGUAGUUUUAACAUAGCUUCAAUUGAAGUCUUCACCGACCUUAGCACUCAACUUUACCUGAAGGAGGGUUAUGCCUAGGGUCAGCAGUGCUAACUGCUAAGUGAAGGCGAUCCUGAAGAUGCUAUAGCUCAGCUUCAACGAUCGAAGUGGCAGCAAUCUUGCAGCGCGGGCAGCCUGAAACCGGAAAUAUUAUUUAUAAUUUAUUUUUUCCCCGUGAAUUACAGGAAAGCUACAGCUUGUAAUCAGACUUCAAUUUUCGAAUAAUAAUUCGUCUCUUGAUAGUCGCGUGCU